CGCAGCAGCAUGUAAUUCAUAAUUUUUAAUCACGGCAACGUGCUUGUUAACGUUCGGUUAUGUGCGUCACGAUGUCGCUCAUAGUGCGUGCAGUGCUGGAUUCGACGGAGGCGACGUUCGGCGAUAAGGUCAAUUCUUUCGAUGAGUGGAGGUUUAGUGCAUGUUCUAUUACCAUCAUGACUAGAUCCACACUCAUCCAUGGAAGUUGCGAUGAUCUUCGCGUGUCGGCGUUACGGUGCGAAGGCGAGUCGAUUACGGGGCGGUCUCGGAUGCCGGUGCGCGGUAAUGAUACCUUAGCGCGGCAGGUACGCGGUAACCUCGGCGUCUACCUGCCCGCGACAUGCCGCUCGCCGCCCGACGCUGCUCGCCGCUCGCCGCCCGAAAUAUGUCAUUUAGAUACACUCCACGCCGCUUACCCAUUGCUUAUUCGCUGGAACGAAAUAAAUGGGAAGGGUGACUUAUAAGAGGCGCAAGCGCAUCUGCUGCUUCCAAGAAAGGCCAUUGUGGCGGUCCCACUCCCACCGAUCGAGCGGAGUGGUCAGUGCGGUGACGUCACGGGUUGGGGCCGUCAACCUGACGCCUGCAACCUACCCCUCUUUGAUAUAACCAAUAUA